GGAGGAAUGGCCGGUCCUGGUGGGGCGGGGACAGGCUUCCUGGAGGCGGGCAGAUCAGGCCAGCGCGUUCCAAACACUCUCCAAGAGCUUUCAGGACCGUGGCCGUGGGGCGCUCGGGCAGUGGCUCCCAGCUGCGCGCUGGCGUCUCCGGCUAGUCUGCGCUGCCCCACAGCUGCCGGUGGCCCGGCCCGCCCUGGGAUGAUCUGGGCGGGCUCGGGCUGGAGCAGGGGCGGUCCGGGGCGGAGACUGCUCCUCUAGAGUCCAGGCGCUCACUGGCCCUCUCUGUACCCUGCGCCGGGGAGCCAGUCUGCCGAGUAUGGAGGAGGCUCCCCAGGACGUGCCAGCGCCCUCCGAGGCCCGGGGGCUACGCUGGCUGCUGACCCUCAACUUCCGAAAGGAACUGCGGGGGCUCCUGUGGCUGGCCGGCCCGGUGUUUUUGGCUCAGCUGAUGAUGUUUCUAAUCAGUUUCAUAAGUUCUGUGUUCUGUGGCCACUUGGGAAAGCUGGAACUGGAUGCCGUCACCCUCGCGAUUGCUGUGAUAAACGUCACGGGCAUUUCAGUCGGAUUCGGCUUGGCUUCAGCCUGUGACACGCUUAUCUCGCAGACAUACGGCAGCCGUAACCUGAAGUACGUGGGGGUCAUCGUCCAGCGAGGCAUCCUUAUGCUCCUCUUGUGCUGUUUCCCCUGCUGGGCCGUCUUCAUUAACACUGAGCAGAUCCUGCUCCUCUUCAGGCAGGAUCCAGAUGUGUCCAGGCUUACUCAGACCUACGUCCUGAUCUUCAUCCCUGCUCUUCCUGCAGCCUUCCUUUACAUACUGCAGGUUAAAUAUUUGCAGAACCAGGGAAUAAUACUUCCUCAGAUUAUUACGGGAGUGGUGGCCAACAUCCUCAAUGCACUCAUUAACUACGUGCUUCUCCAUCAACUGAGCUUGGGUGUGAUGGGAUCAGCACUGGCGAAUACCAUUUCCCAAUUCACCCUGACCCUCCUCCUCUUUCUGUACAUUCUCUGGAGAAAACUAUACCGUGACACCUGGGAAGGGUGGUCCCUUGAGUGCCUUCAUGAGUGGGACUCCUUCCUUCACCUGGCCAUUCCAAGCAUGCUCAUGCUCUGUAUUGAGUGGUGGGCAUAUGAGAUUGGGAGCUUCCUCAGCGGUACCAUCAGCAUGGUGGAGCUGGGAGCCCAGUCUGUUGUCUAUGAGCUGGCUACAAUAGUGUACAUGAUCCCCACAGGAUUCAGUGUGGCUGCCAGCGUUCACGUCGGAAACUCGCUGGGAGCAGGGGAUAUCGAGCAGGCCAAGAUAUCCUCGGCUAUUUCUCUGCUGACCACAGAAAUGUUUGCGGUCACCUUGUGCAUCAUCCUUGCAAGCUGCAAAGAUGUCGUUGGGUACAUUUUCACUAGUGACAGAGAGAUUGUCACCCUGGUCUCCAAGGUCAUUCCCAUCUAUGCCUCCUCCCAUCUUUUUGAUGGCUUUGCUUGUACGUGCGGUGGGAUUCUAAGAGGAUCGGGCAAUCAGAAGAUUGGGGCCAUCUUGAAUGCCAUUGGCUUUUAUGUCAUCGGCCUCCCCAUCGGAAUCUCGCUGAUGUUUGCGGCCAACCUCGGGGUGAUAGGUCUGUGGUCCGGCAUCAUCAUCUGCUCCAUCUUGCAAGCCGUCUGCUUUCUGGCCUUCAUCUUACGCCUGAACUGGGAAAAGGCCAGUGAAGAGGCUCGAGUGCGUGCCAAGUUGAAGGGUCAAGCGACCCGAGCUCGGAACCAUCAGGAUCGAGUCAUCUAUCAGGGCCCAAUCCCAUCAGGUGUCUGUACCAUGGUGGUAGCCACCACAUUCGCAGCUCUGAAGAAUAUUGUGGCCUAUGUGUUUACCAGUGACAAGCAUGUAAAUCCUGGAGGAAUCUCUUCAGUUUUAUGGACCAAGUCUUGGUUUCUUGAGGAUAAGUGUCAUCUACACCAGAGGUCUCAAACUCAAAGUCAGGGGCUCCCGAUGGCAGCCCAAACCAAAAUCAAAUGAAAUUUGGAAAUGUUUAACAGAAUAAAUAAAAUUACAAUACGGUAUAGACA